AUGUUCUUAUUAUUUACAGUGCCGAAUCCCCGUACCCUACAAAUAAUCCGGAAUCUCAAACAAGAUAGUAAAUCUGUUAUACAGAAUGAAAUACCUACGACUUCAACUUCCAUACAAUUCACUGAAAAGAAACAGUUCAUUUUAUCUCCCAAGCCUAACGAUAAUAUUGAAAAUAAAGAUUUAUCUAAUGUUAGUGAAGACUUUUGCUCAGAUGAUGGUGUGAAGGAUCCUGACUAUGUAGAUAUCGAUACACCCUGUUCUACAAAGAGGUCUCUUUUGAAAAAUAAAAACCGAGAAGUUUUUAAAAAUUUGUUGAGUGGAGUAGAUUUAAAUGAAAAACAAUAUGACAAUUUCAGUAACGGUGUUUCCACCAUAAACCAAACAAGUUCACCUAUACCUAUGCCGAAGCCCAAGAAAGAGCAGCUCAUGGAUCUGGUUCAUCAGCUCAACAUGGAUCUAGUUCCUCAGAUUCCGAGAGUUCAUCAGACGAUGAAUUGA